UUCGGUGCGCCCAGGCUGCGGCGGCCGCUUCCCCCGCCGCCUGCUGCACCUGCUCCUGCGCGCCCUCCCCGACGAGGGAGCCCCGCGGGCCGGAGGAAGGAUGGGUUGCAUCGGCUCCAGGACUGUCGGAAACGAGGUGAUUGCUGUGGACUGGAAAGGGCUAAAAGAUGUUGACCAGAUCAAUAUGGACAGCACCAGCUCACUCCAUGGCAGCAGCAUCCACCGGCCGUCCACCGAGCAAACACGGACAGAUUUCUCCUGGGAUGGCAUUAACCUCUCCAUGGAAGACACAACCUCCAUCCUCCCCAAGCUGAAGCGGAACUCCAAUGCAUAUGGGAUUGGAGCUCUGGCAAAGUCUUCCUUCUCUGGCGCCUUAGGGAUAUCCCGCACCAUGAAGGAUCACGUCACCAAGCCCACGGCCAUGGGGUCGGGUCGCGUCGCACACAUGAUUGAGUGGCAAGGUUGGGGCAACGGCAACACCCAGCAGCAGCAGCACACUCACGAAACGGUGCGCAAGGACGCCGACGCUUACUCUGACCUGAGUGAUGGGGAGAAGGAGGCCCGGUUCCUUGCAGGGGUGAUGGAGCAGUUUGCUAUCUCAGAAGCCACCCUCAUGGCCUGGUCUUCCAUGGAUGGCGAGGAUGUGAGCGUCAAUUCUAACCAGGAGAACCAAGCUGGCAACUACAACGAGAACUACCAGGAGAUGAUGGAGAACCAGGAGCACCUGGCCCAGGCACAGUAUGACAGUUGGCCUCACUCCUACGUCUCGCAAGGCAUGUACUGCCUGGGUUCCUCCGACGCCUGGGAGACCAGCGACCAGUCACUCAUUGCGUCCCCAGCGACUGGCUCCUAUCAGGGCCAGAACUUUGAAGAGUCCCAGCCCAGCUUGCAGGAAAGCGUUCUGAUCCAGAACAACCUUAUCCAACAGCAUCAGUUGUUGCAGCUGCAGCAACAGCAACAACAACAACAACAGCAACUACAGCAGCAGCAACAACAACUACAACAGCAGCAGCAGCAACAACAACAACAGCCACAGCAGCCACAGCAGCAGCAGCAACUGCUCUCUAAUACUAGCCUUGUGGAUGUAUGGCCUGCUCAGACAGUUCCUAGUGGCGGCGGCAGCAGCACAGAUUCCAGCACCUUUGUGGGAAUCCACACAGAGGAGGAGGAAGGAAACCCCUUGCUGGAGAAGGCUCCCUUACUGAACAAGAAGCCCUCGCCCGAGGAGGACGAUGCUGUCUGCCGGGACCUGGAGUCCCUGUCCCCCCGCGAGGAGCCGGAGCCUGCUGCCCUCAGCCGCAAGGUCUCCGACGUUACCUCGUCCGGGGUGCAGUCUUUUGACGAAGAGGAAGGUGAAGCCAACAACUGAUGCUGCCAUGGAGGAACCCUUUGCUCUUAUGCAUGGGAAACACACGGGUGGGGUGGGGGAAAGUGAUAGGGAAACCCCCUCUCCAGCUCCUGAAGUCCCCAAGCGCACGAGCACACUUGUUUGUUUGUUUUUAGUUUCACGGCAAGGUAAGCCGAGGACCAAAAGUGCUGGGCAAUGCUAAGUCUCCCCCACCGACCCACCCCCUUCCUCCUGCACAUGUUGGGCUGAGCCUUCAAGACCUACUGCCUUGGACACCCAAACACAGAGAGCUCAGGGAAUGCAAGACGGUGGCCUCCACUGGCUGUGUGGUGGAUACAGGUGGUGCUUUUAGCAGAGAUGUGGGGUUUUUUUGAGGGGAGGCACACAUUCGUACUUAAUUCAGCGACGCAGAAGAUGCUGCUACAAUCUGCUUUGGCUCUUGGGGCUGGAGGGUCGUUGAGGAUACAGGCAAGAGUUUCAACGGCAGCGUCGUGGAGCAGGAACAGUGAGGCCGUGCGGCUUUGCAGACAAAAAUGCAGCAAAAUUUGCCAGGGCCCGUCCUAAAGUGCGGUGCUGCUUGGAGAGGCAAUCUGGACUUGAGUCCGAGAAGAGAGUGUUGUGUGGAGAGAGAGAGACUCUGUGGAUGUGCAGGCCAUGCGCCAGAAUGAGGCUCUGUGGGUACCAACUAUCAUUUGAUGUGGACAGAGCUGCUCUAUGAGUCCAGCCCAAACCAGCAGGUGUGCGUUGUUGGCCUCUGCAGAAACCUUCCUUAUUAACCCCCAUUACCUCUGCCUACCUGGGAGCUGGAGAGAGGGGUUUCUCCCCCUAUUUCAUAUUGGAUACUGCAUGCAGGGUAGGGGAAGGGGGAGGGUGGGUCAUCUGCCGGUUUUCUAUUUUACGCAGCCAUGGAGUCCUCUCCUUCCAGCAGUGUGCAGGUGCAGAAACCAAGGGAAGCAAGCAUGCGUGGCUUCAGCACCACCCUUUCCUCGUUUCUGUUAGAACUUUUGUCGCUGUUCCCCUCUCCCUAAUUUUUUUUUGUAUUUCCAAGUAACAGUUUUUGAAGCAGAAGCUAACAGAGAGGGAAUAGCCUGGGUGCCACUUAGCGUGAGGUCAUAUUCCUUUCCUAGCACCACCAGAUCUUCUGUAGUGCCAAAAUACUGAUGAAGCAGAGACUGGGAAAAGGGCGAUUUUCCUCUUUCCGUUGAAAUCUCUCUGUCUCCUUUUUACGUUGACAAUGUAAAUAUUUCUCAGGCUUCAUCUCGAUUAGGAACGAAGAAAGGGUGAGUUGGGGUUCUUAAGUUUCGCAGGGCAUUUAUUUAUUUUUGACUGGGAGUGAUUUUGUGAAUGAGAAGUCAUGGCUUAUAGGACAUACUUUUUAAUCUGAAGUCCAUCCUCAAUUGCUGCUUUGCUGCAAAAGACAAGGGGGGUAGUGUUUUAUCAGCAUAAAAACCACAUUUUUAUCCUCCUGCAAGUCUCCGGAAAAUUAUUUUUAAAAAAUGGAAGAAAAGGAUGGAGUGAACAGUUACAUUUUGCUGGGCAAAACCACACGUUUGUUAUUGAAGCGGGGGAAGCUUAUUUCUGAUGGGGAAAGUCUUGCCAAAGGUGACUGUAGGGCUAUCUGAUGAAGGGAAUCCUUCAGGAAACAGCCCUGUCUCUGCUCCUCUCCAAGCCCGACCUGUUCUGAGGCUUGCCGCUAAUUACUUUCGGCAGACUACCGGUUGCAAGACCGAGGAGUGAACCAAGACGGAGGAGCGCUUUGCUUACCCAUCUGGGGCGCUUUGUGCAGAUAAAGAAGAUGAGUGUUCAGCCCAGAACACUCUGGUUUGCAUCCAGAAGUUGUGAACAGAAGGUGAACAGGACACUGUUGUUCAUGCACUUUUGAUGGAGAGGCUAGUGGGAGGUUUUUCACUUCAUGGAUCUCAAAAGCUAAGAGGGCCCAGUCUUCCCUCUCCACUGCACUUUCCGUGAAAAAGCCUUCACGACCGUGGACACGUGCUCAGGCAGAAGCAAGCGCAGCAGAUGCACGAAUGAGAAGCCUCUUGGCAACCCUUCCCCACCCUUCUCUCCUUUCCCUUCCUCUUCCUGGCUCCUCCAGUGGAGAGGCGGCUCGGGUUCUGAGCUCUGGGGAAUCCACCUCUCUCUUUUAAAAAUAUGUUUACAUGCUACAGUGCCAACCUCUGAGGGCUAAGAGGAUUGGAUACAGCACUGCUCUGAAUAUGAGGGCGAACCCUCGUGUUCCUGCAUUUAUCUUAAUUGCUGCGUUCUGGCUGGCUGUCAGUUUUUUUUGGGGGGGGGGAUUCUGCUGGUGAUGAUGUAGAAGCAAGAAAGUGCAGAGCACAACUUCUCUGCAAGUGAAGAAUGGAUGAAAUUCCAGUUGCCCCAACAUUUUAGAGCCUUCAGGUUCUCCAGAAAGCUUUGAGAUGUCCUCAGUAUUGGGGCUGGGGCAGUGAGUCGGGCAGCCUGCUACUUCUUUCCUCCAAACCAUUCUUGCUCCACGUGCCUAUCCAGGACCAGGACUCAACCUGGAUGUUUACGGUAAUUCUGUUUCAAUGUAAAUGUAUCCUGCUGUCAUCUUGGCACUCACCGGACUCGAGACAAGUGGUUCAUCUUGUCCAAACCUGUUCUUUUAUUGUCUGUCUUUUUUAAAAACAAAAAUGCAAGCAACUUGUGUGCAUUUGGUAAUAUUAUGUGACACUAAUGUUUUGGGAGACGUAUAUUUCUUUUUUCCUCUGUCUGAGAUGUGGUGCAUAAAGAGAGCAGCUUUCCACACCCUUGGGUCUCCCAGAUGUUGUUGGGCUACAACAUCUGUUGUCUUUUAACCAGCAUGGCCAGUGGUUAGAGCUAACGUGGGUUGUAGUCCGAGUGCGCUAACUCUAGGGGGCGGAGGUGUCGCUCAGCCCCUUGAAUAUUGAGGGAGGAGGCUGAAUCACUGAGCUGAGCAUGGCACAGCAUCAAAAGCUGGCUCCUCCAGAGUUUGAGAGAGGAGGAGCUGCAGCCAUUGAAGCUGUGCGGCGCCAGGCAAGGCGUGACAUCACAAGCAUGCGACACGCGAGUGAUGUCACAAAUGUGACGCGUCGCUGUGGGCCCCCAAUCUUCAGCCACAAGCGGCGCCUCUGUUGUAGUCUAACAACAUAUGGGGACAAAAGGUUUGGGAAGGCUGCUAUGGAGGGGCACAUGGCUUGGCAUCUAGCAAAGAAACAACAGGAGAAAGAGGAGGAGGCUAAUUUUGUGUUUUGGGGGAACCAUGCUGAACAUUUCUGUAGAGUGGAAUAGAGAAUCACAACUCUGCUGUAGCAUUCUACAGCCUGCCACUAGAAAGUCCUACUAAAAAACAGAGACUCCAUUCUCUAUUAAACUGUACAAUUCCUGGAGAAGUUUUCUAAAUAAACAUUAUUUCAGGACCAUUCAACUCAAUUUUAACUUAUUUUUUAAAUAAGGGGGUCUUCCCUUGCCAUCCUGAAAUUCUUCUGACGUUUAAGGCAGUGUGUGUAUGUUUCUAACUCUGUCCUCAACCCACUACCGAAAUCUUGCUUGGCUAGCAAGAAUUCUCUCUCUCCCCCCCCCCCCAUUUUAUACUUGGCCUUAGAUUAGAAGAAUUCUUAAACUUCAGCCCUUUGUUGAUGUAGCCUUCCAGGCUCUCAAGAGGUAAGGACUUCCAGGCUCUCAAGACUUGGUUGGUUGAGCCAAAUUCAGAGAGAAUAGUCAGCAAAAGCACUUGUGGCCCCCUAAAGAUUAAGCCACGUGUCUCGUGGCAUCAGCUGAAAUGGAUGAGGGCAGCUCAAAAGCAAUUCCUGACGGAUCGGAUCGUCAUUAGCAGCAGAUGUCCUGAAGGAGCUGUUAAGAUAAACCGGGACUCCAUGUGGCGAGGUUAGAUCGGUGUCCUCAAACGUAAGUAAGCCGCAGUAAAGUGGUAGGUAGAAAAAUUGCUGUCAGCACUAUCAGAGAAGCGGCAGAUAGGAGAGCGUAAUGAACCCCCCCCCCCUCCGCCACUCCACCACCUCCCCUCAGGAUGUUUUCUCCAUUACCUCAAUUUAUUUCUGAACAUGAAGCAUUGCUGGGAAAAAGCAGCUGGGGCAGGGGCAGAGUUUUGCAAGAGAAAGUGGCAGCACUUGUGUUCCUGUGUUUGAAGGCCCCGCCCCCAGCCUGAUGUUCAGUUUUUGUAGAAAGCUCAACAAGGGAGAAAAACGGGAGCUUUGCUUGUUUGGAAAGCAACCAUCUAGGUCGAAGGGUGCCAUGUUUCUUGACUCUCACUGAUUAUAAAUUAAUAUCUGCAUGUGCAGUAAUGGGCCCCCCCUCCUGUAUUUUGCUAUGGUACCUGAGUAAUGUACAUGCAGCACAUCUGAACUGCGCAUGCAUUUGUUUAUUUUUAGUUGCUUGGUCUCUCCAAAUACACAUGAGCAGUGAAGAGGAUCUGGUCUCCAAGGCCAGCUUGGAAACCACACAGUUCAAAUAUAUGGCCCAUGGCAAAUGUAUUUUGUACUCCCAUAUUGCUUAUGUAAAUUGAUCAGCAGUGGGCUUUAAGCAGUGGAUGUUAAACACGAUGAAUGAAUGGUCUUUGGUUUGUAGAGUAACAACAGUAGAAUUAACCAUUGUGUGCUCAUGCACAAGACUUUGCUACGAGGUGCCUGGAGGCUUAUGCACAAAAUUACUGAUUUAUAUCCCUUUUCCACAUAGAGGGACUAUCUUUGAAAUAAUUAGAAAUAGCCAGUUGUUAAUGAGGUGAAAUCUGGCUCUGCAUUUUUCAUGGCACGGCUGUUUGGUUCCAGCCCAUUAGAAGCCUUU